AUGUCCUGCCAGCAGAGCCAGCAGCAGUGCCAGCCCCCUCCCAAGUGCCCCUCAUCGCCCAAGUGCCCCCCAAAGAGUCCAGCACAGUGCUCCCCGCCAGCUCCUGCUGUCUGUGCUCCUGGCUCCGGGGACGGCUGCUGCCUGAGCCACCACAGGCACCACAGAUCCCACAGAUGCUGGCUCCACGGCUCUGACACCUGUGACAGUGGCAGUGGGCGGCAGUCUGGGGGCUCUGGGUGUGGCCAUGGCUCCAGGGACUGUUGCUGA